CCUUCUUCGAGUGACCGAACAGCACCGUCGAACUAUCAUAAUGGCACUUUCCAACGGCUGCGCGCACCACUUCGUCCUGAUCAAGUCAGAGAGUAGCUUGAUCCAAUGGACAUGUCAGCUAUGCCAAUCAGGGCCCCAUUACUUCAUCUAUGAGUGCCGGUACUGCAAGAUGAGAACGUGCCGUCCCUGCAUCCCAGGGUAUGGCAUUACGGCCGCUCCUAGGGGCGGCGGAUGCGUGCUUGAGAAGGAGUGUGCUAUCUUCGGAAAUACCGUUAUCCAACUAGCGGAAGAUGGCGAACCCCGGAUUUCCGCUGUGUUGGAUGUUGCGCCGCCCGCUGUCAGUCACUCAGUCAUGCUUCUUGCGGGGAAGAACAGCUAG